GGGAGGGAGCGGAAGGGAAAGGAAAGCAAAAGUGGCCGCCUGGAAGCGGGGAUCCUUGGCAGCCCGGCUGCGUGCAGGCAGCGUGAGGCGCAGGUGCAGGCGGAGGGGGGCUCGAGAGAUAAUGGAGGAGACCCAUGCCUGAGCGCUUUCUUUGUCCGGGUCGCCCAUGGCUGAAGCCCGGAGGCUGGAGGAAGACGAGGAGGAGCUGAAGGAGCUCGGCAGAAGGCACAGGAGAGCCAACCUGAACCCCGCAACAGAUCGUUCUGAAAGAAAUAAACCUGACCAUCGAUCUUCGGGCCAAGGCCCCCUGUCAUCCAUUAAAGCAGCAAUCAAGAGAACUUCUCGGACAUCUGGCCAUAGCGAACAACAAAGAGAGAGAAGACGUCCUGAAAUCACAAUAGUUGCAGCUGAGCCCCUCAGGCCAUCAUCUUGGUUUCCAGGAGGAAAUCAUGUCUCUCCACAAGGUUUAGUUUUUCCAUCAUCUCAUACCCAGGCUUCUUGGAGAACAAAUGAUCUUGUUCCAGCUGAGCCACCUUCAUAUGAACAGGUAAUCAAAGAAAUCAAUCAAGUGCAAGUCAACACAACCAGCAACAAUAAUGCUGCUAGUGCCGCUAACUCUAGAUGUACUGCUACAUCUUCAACACAGACCGACUUUCCAGAAGAGAUAAUCAGCAAUUUGCCUGGAAUAGAUGUGAAAAGUAAUUUGCAUACUGCCUCUGAAUGCAAAAGCACGCAAGCUGUGCAAAUUCCUCGCAAGCCACCUAGACCUUCAUCUUCUCUGCUGAACAACAAUCAUGCAAAAAAUGAAGAACUUCUUGUUGUCCUGGAAGAGCAGCCAUGUCAGGAGAAACCUGAUGCUGUAGUACGUCCCGUGCCAAAACCAAGAACGAAAGGCAAUCUGAAACCUGUCGUUAGAGAUACUCACAAUACCCCGGAAGACAAUCAGAAAGAAACAAUUCAAUCAAGGACUGAAAAGGAUGCACCAUCACUUUACUUGGAGUUCUUACUAGAUGACAACUUUUUGGAUGGUCACAUGGUAGUGGAAAAUAUGGAUACAAACACCAGCCAAAAUAGUAUAGUAUCAAGAAUUAAAGUUUUUGAAAUGCAAGGGAAUAUGGACACGACAGGUUUAACAAAGAAGCCAGAAAUAUCUCCGCGCUCAUUAGGCCCCAAACCUAUAAUUAGUGCAAAAAAACCUGUCGUGGCUCCAAAGCCAGGGGCUGUCAGAGCUUCAGAGGAGUGGGAUUCCUGCACAGAAACCAAACUAAAGGCCGUUUCCCAGGAAAGGCCUCUUCAGCCUCAAGAAGGUGAGAGCAACAUUACAGUGAAGCCUGAAUUGCCAAAGAAACCAAAACCAGCCAUUGUAAAAAGCAGCAGCAAUGGACUGCUUAAUUUAGGAAGCAAGCAGGCUUCUGAUAACAGUGAUGGACAGAGAAAAUCUCCUGUUCCUGUUCCAAGGCCACUUGUUCCCAAGAAGUCUGUCUCUUUUGAAAGCCCUGCUCUUCCUCUACUUCCGCUGAAGCCAGCAAGUGCUGCUCCCAGGCUUUCCGUAGCUGCAGAAACAAGUGCCUUCAGAUCUCUUGCAGAACCACCUUCAGAGAACCUUUUACCACCUCCAGUACAGAGUAUACCAUGUGUGGAAGGAGAUCUAAUCAGUUUUGAUGAUGAUGUUCUACCGCUUAACUCGAAUGUUCAAGAAAUCGCUCAGUCAGAAUCAGAUCUUAUUCCUACACCAUCCAAGUGUGAGCCUCUGAAAGAACAGACCGUUCAACCAGCAGUUGUUAGGAAGCCUACUGUAAUCCGAAUCCCAUCAAAGCCAACAAAAGCUUCCAAUGAGAUUCCAGAAAGUCCUCCUCCGCUUCCUACUGAGAAACCAAUUGGGAACACAUCUGGCAUUUCAGCCGAAAAGCUCAAAAAUAUUAAAACAACCCCCCCAAUGGAGCCUGAGCAAUCCAAUUUGGCACAGUUGUUGAAGAAUGUACCUAUCCUUCCCCCAAGGCCUGGUGAGGGAAAGACUGUGCCAGCUCGACCUCCUCCACCUAAAGGUGCCCCAGGAAGGCCACCACCACCCAAAUCUACCAAGUCCUCAUCCCAAAUAGACAAGUUUUCUCGCUCAUCAUCUGAUAUGACACUCCAUAAGAAAACCAGCAUGUUUGGGUUGAGUGUGAAGAGGACCAAGAGUGAUGUUAUUAAAAAUCUCGACCCAGUUUUACCUCCUCGACCCAAACCAGGCCACCCUCUCUACAGUAAAUACAUGCUUCCUGUGCUGCAUGGAAUUGCCAAGGAAGAUGUUUCUGCUUCAAAUACUGGACGCCUCUCUUCCAAGCAAGAAGACGUGCUUGUGCCUGCUGACGUCAACAACAGCCGCACUGAACGCCAAAAGAGAGAUGAAACUGGCAAGGUUCCAUUAUCCCAAAUGCAGAUCAUAGCACCAUUGGAUGAGAGUUUGAAAAGUAGGCAAAGGGAAUCUGAGAACACACAGACCAUUUCCGAUCCAAGUGCUCCUCAUGCGGUAGUUCUACAUGAUUUUCUGGCAGAACAUACAGAAGAUCUGGCCCUCAAUUCUGGAGAGACUGUUUAUCUUCUGGAAAAAAUAGAUAAUGAGUGGUACAGAGGAAAAUGUAGGAAUCGCACGGGGAUCUUUCCAGCUAGUUUUGUCAAAGUUAUUGUUGAUGUUCUGGGAGAAAGCGACAGGAAAAAAGUAAACUUUUCAUCACCAAGUAUGAUUGGCCCUAGAUGUAUAGCUCGAUUUGAAUACAUCGGAGACCAGAGAGAUGAACUAAGUUUUCUGGAAGGUGACAUCAUUCUUUUGAAGGAAUAUGUUAAUGAAGAAUGGGCCAAAGGAGAACUGAGAGGCACCUCAGGAAUUUUCCCCUUGAACUUUGUAGAAAUUAUUGAAGAUCUACCUGAAUCAGGUGAUGGGACCCCACUGAAGAAUAAGAAUUCCACACCUGUGACGGAGGUGGAAGGACACGCCAGAGAGUGGUGUGAGGCGCUCCAUGAUUUCACAGCAGAAGCCCAAGAAGAUUUAUCUUUUAAAAAGGGAGACCGUAUCUUGAUAUUAGAGCAUGUGGACUCAGAGUGGUACAGAGGGAGACUAAACGGAAAGGAAGGAAUUUUCCCUACGGUGUUUGUUCGUCUUUGCUCAGGAGGAACUCAACCGGCGCAAACUCCAGGUGAGAAAAAAGGAAAAGCCAAGGCCCUGUAUGAUUUUCAUGCUGAAAACAUCGAUGAACUUUCUUUUAAAGUUGGUGACAUUAUAACAGGGCUUGAAUCUGUAGAUGAAGAAUGGAUGAGUGGAGAAUUACAUGGCAAAUCUGGAAUAUUUCCUAAAAACUUCAUCCAGAUUCUACAACUCUCCUAAGAAUGAAACACAAUUCUGCACCAUCUCCCUAUAAAAGUGAAUAUUUUAUUAAGCACAUUAUAUUUUGGGUAGCAGAGGCUGCCCUCUAUGAUCACGUGAUCUAAUCUUUGACUAUCAAAUGCAUUUUUGCACUAUUUUUAUAAUAUACUAGUUUGUCCAAUACUUUGUUUCCAGUUAAGACUCAGAAACUCCACCUCCGAUCAUUGUUCCAAGAAAAAGUUAACCAGCAUGCAUCUUGUUCUAGUAUACAACUGAAUAUUCAAAUAUUAAUUCUGCUGCAUUCCAUUUUCAGUAACUUGAUACCCUUUCUUAACAGGCACUGUAUGAAAACAGUAAACCCUGAUUACAGGAUAGCCACUGUAAAGUACUGGGUUUCAGGUUUUAUUUUACUCAAACCAAGCAAGCUAAAUUAUCUACCGUGUAAUGCAUUAUUUUGUAUUAAAAGGGAUUAAAAGAGCAGGAUUCUCUGAAAUGGUUCCGUGGUGAUAUGAACACAAAUGGUUCAAAGACUGGUUUCACCUCAUGACUGGUAGUGGUGUUUCCCUUCUGUCAGCUGAUCCCCUAUGUCUAGAAUGAUGUAUGUUCAGAAAACCUGCAUCACUUAUUGUGAGAAAAUAAUGUGCAUCCUAUGCAUUUGUGUGAAAUCCUGACCUCAUGGGUCAUGGCUGUUCAAUCCUACAAUGCAAGACAUCACUAUCACAGAUCUGUCCCAGCCUGUUCCGUCUUCUGUUCACUCUACUGGAUUCCUUUCCGUCCUCCCAAAAGUGUGUAAAUGGAAGACCAAGCAGUACAUUCUUGUAAAUUGGUUCUCCCCCAUGUUUCUCAUGCUCCUGUUAAAAUGAAACUUGCCAAGAUAAAACAGCAGCCAGAUGAUAAGUUAUUGUUCUAUAUUUGCAAGCUACAGAUUUCUGUUGAGUAAUUCUCAUUACAGUCUUUAAUCAGUCUGCAGCAUAAUAAUGUAUAUCCAUUUUGAUCAAGAAACACUGAAACUACAAAAGCAAUGACUGUAGUUGAACAAGUUGCAAUUAGUCCACUCAACCAUUUAAGUAUUCCUUAUUUGUGAAAAACAAGAACUUUGUAGUAACUUCAAAGCUCUUGAAUGUGUAGUUUUGUAAGCUUUUAUAGAUAAAACAGCCUUCUCCCACAGCCAUGCAGGGAAUUUUUAUAUGGUAUUUACAGACAACAAAUCCCUCCCUUUAAGUGACGCUGGUAUGUGCAAUACAGCUAAAUGGUUUUUCAGAGACAAAUCAGAAAUUUGAAAAACACUAUGUGUAGAUUAAGUAAAUACUGUUUAAUAGAAUGUGUUUUUCCCCUCUACCAACUGGCAGUUAUAUUUCUGUUUGGGAACCAGAUGCCCAAUAUGUGCUUCUUUCAUCAUGUUUAGAAUUUAAAAAACCUGCAUAAAAUUAAAUUAACUAUUAAAAUAUUAGAAAUAUUUACACUUUAAGUAGCCAUAUGCUAUGUCUAAGAUUAUGCAUAUAACUACAAGGUGUCUAUCUCCAUUAAUAUUUGCAAAUAUAGUACAUAAGAAAUUCUUAUUUUGGUAUUUUUGGUGCAAUCAAAUAAUUAGCAAGUGCUUUCACUUCAAAUUGUAGCAAAAGUUCCAAUUUUUCUUCUGCAGCUCAUAUUUGCUUCCCUAUAUGUGUACUUUCACAUUUAUACAUAUAUAUUUACUCAGAAUAUUGCUGAUUUCUGCUAUUAUCUGGGGUCACAAAUAGAUGUCAGCUUCUUUUAAACAGAUAGGAGAAAGGGUUACCCAUUCAGGUAGAUUUUCUUGAUUUCACAGGGACAUGUUUAUGUAUGGCCCUCAAAGCAGCGAACGGAUUACUGCCUCCAGGCCUGUAGAAGCUGCCCAUCUCUACUCUAAAUUCAAUGAAUGAAGUCCUCUUGCAACACAGAGAGGUAAAAUAAGGAAAAUAAUUUAACUGUGCCUAAUAUGAGGCAGUCUAGCAGCAGCACAAUGGUUGCAUGAGUCAAACAUGGUCAAAUAUAGGCGGUAUGCUAUUUUUGCCCAAAACAAGGAUAUAUUUCAUCUCAAAAAGAGAACCACCACAGCUUUUAUAUCCACAAGACUUAUCACUACAGUCCACUCACUCCUUUUUAGACUAUAAAUAUCAGAAUUUUGUUUGCAGAACCAAAGGUGUAUAGACUUCUACCCAGCAGAGUACAAAAGCUUUACUGGUACAAAAGCUGCAACAAUUUUUCCAUCCAAGUUUAAUAUUUUGCUUUAGUUCAGCACAUGACUUCUGUUUCAUAGGCUUUAUAAGAUUUUCCCAUUUUAUACAGCUGUCUAUGCCAAUCCAGUUUUUAGGGUCCACUGAAAACCAAUUUUGAACACACUGUUCACAAUGUUUACUUGUUUAUAUAAAACAUCGGAUAAGCAGACAUGAUCAACAAAUUUUUUGAGCGAGUGGUUAAUUUAGACAUUUAGUGGCACUUGGGAAACUCCUAUUUUAUAGCCUUGUUAAUGAAAAAACAUUAAUUACUAUUUUCUCAUUUAGAUAGUGAAUGGAUUGUAUUCUAUUAGCAUUUCAUUUCAUACAUUUACAUAAGCAUCUGGCACGGUAGUCUCAGUUCUGCAUACUAAGUUUGCCAAAUGCCACAACUUCACUCCAACAGUGCCAUCUAAAGGGCUCCUAAUAGUUUUUCAGUGUGUUCUUAGAAAAUCCUCAUUAAAAAGAAAUGUUUUUGUUUUGUCAUCUCCUCCCAGAAGAAUAUAAAAGUAUUACAGAUACCAUGACCCUAAACCAGAGACCACAAAGUGCAACUCUCCAGAUGUCACUGGAUUACAAAUACCAGUACUCCUUGCUAUUGGAAAUAGAGUAGUCUGGACAACCACUCUUUGCUCCUGCUUCUGAAUUCUGCACUGACUACAAGAACAGGCCGAUAAGAAAAUAGCACAGGGCAGACUAGCUUAAUAUAUUCCAUCAUUAUAAAGUAGAAACAGCUGCUGUUUAAUUGUAACAUUUAGAGCUCCAGAUUUCUUAAACCUACCAGAUCAUAGUCAAUAUCCUAUUAAAAAUGGAGGCCUUCCCUUAUACCAGCAGUGCUAGAGGUUGCUCAACAAAUGCAAGACAGAUUAAGAACACAGGAGCCUGCUAGGGGCACACUUAGGCAAUUGCCUUUCUAUGAUCACGCCUAUGAAGACAAGCUAAGCCAUUUUGACAUGGUAAGUUCCAUGUAUACUUCCACGGUGCAAUAUUUUCUGUGUAUGUGAAAUGUGUGUAAAUAAACCAUUUGACUUAUACUGGGUAUAAGCAA